AUGAAACUUAUUUUUGCAUUAUUAUUAGUAUUAGUUUUCACUUUCAAUUUUAUUCAAGGUCAACUCCCACGUUACGAUACCUUAUCCCUUGAGGGUGUUGAUGAUAACACCUGUUCAAGAUUAUUAAAACUUGAUACAUGUGAAGAUAUUUGCGGCCCAGCUUAUAUUAAAUUCACCAGCGAACCAGAUUCAAAUCAAGUCGAAUAUCAAACAGGUAAAUCUUGUGAUAGUUUAUUGACCAAAGUUAAUUUUCCAUGUGACCCAGAGGUUAAUACAACUUUUACAAUUACUGUAGAAGAUGUUUCCUAUAAAUACGCACCAAAAUGCUCAUGUAUCGAUAAAAGUAAAUGUACUGGUAUUCCAAAAACCGACUCCUCAUCUGCAAAUGAUACAUCAUCAUCAACCGAUCCAUCUGGAAGUAGCAGUAGUGAUGCUUAUACUAUUACAGUUCCAAUCUUGGUUUCAACCAUCCCAUUAUUGGCUUUAUUAUUUUAA